ACCAGAGCUCUGGGAAUAGCCUAUUCCACACCAUCACACUACAUCUUUGCUCAGCAAGCCAGCCUCUUCGGUGAUCUGUACGAAGUCAUCAUACCUGAGCUUGGUAUGGAGGAGGACUGCUGUCAGCGGGUGGUGUCUCAACUGUGUGGUGCACUCUCCCACCUGCACUCUCUUGGUUUUGUCCACAGAGAUCUCAAACCAGAAAACGUCUUCCUUUGUGACUCUGCCUGCCGCUGGGUCAAACUGGGAGACUUUGGCAUGGUAAAGUCCAGGGGAACCAGGAUCCCAGAAGUCUGGUACAGUUCUCCUUACUGCACCCCCGAGGCUGAGAUUGCUCGAGGAAACAACGACAGCAGCAAUAUAACUGAUGGAAAUGAUGGCAUCAAGGAUGGUGAAGAGAAGAAGAAAAAGAGAGUUUGGGUUUCCGUGGAGCCAAGUACAGACAGCUGGGCGCUGGGCAUCCUGACAUACGCCAUGCUUACCGGCAGCCACCCCUGGGCUGAAACGGCCAGCGACUGCCACUCAUACCUGAAAUAUCAAGAGUGGUUUGAAAGAAGUAAAAGCCCCAACGAUGAACUGGACGUGUGGGCUGAGCCACAAACAGAGAGCCCGCAGGAUCUGGAUGAGGCUGGACUGGAAAAGAAGAACCACAUUCCCAAAGCUCCCCAGUUUGCAUGUUUCACCCAUUUGGCCUGUUCCUUUUUCCAGUCACUCCUCAACCCACGGCCACAGCUUCGUAGGCAACCUGACGAGGCUUUGAGUUACCUGGGAGGAGACUGGAUGAUGGAGAAAGAGAGGGUGAGGCUGGAGAAGGCGCGUAAGAAGAGUAGAGGGAAAGGAGGGAUCAGAAACACGAAAGAGAUGGAGGGGAGAGGAGAGCGUUAAGUUAACAAAGUCUACCAAAACUAAGCUGAAAGAGACGAAUGUCUUUCUAUGCUUUCUAUGCAAAAGCCU